CUUGGCGGUGACUCAUUGCAGCUUGUAUCGAAUUGUGUGCGGAGCUUCGCCGCCCCUCUCAAAGAAAAAGGAAAACCCGCUCGUGGCAGGCAAGCGGGAGGGCGUGGCUCAUGUCACCCAGUGUGUUUCUCGAUAUUCAUGCGAGGGCUUCUUCGAGCCUCCUCACCGCUCGCCGACACGGAUGCGCCAACCGCAGUCGCCGCUGUCAAGGACAGUACACAUUUGGAUUAGACCAGCAAUUCAAGCGUGAACGUGCCCGUCCAGCAUGGGAUCCAACCCAAAAAGGACAGUGACUGUCCAGAUGGUGCCUCAGCUGGCUGCGGCGGACGCAAUCGCCAAAAAGGAGUCAAACGCCAACUGGACCACGGAGACCGACAUUAAACUCUCCCAGGUUUGUCGUACAUCACCCGGCUGCAAACAGGAUCAAACUGCGUCGGUAGUGCCCGUUAGUACCCUUAAGAAGACUGUCGACAUGUUAGGCAAAGGUGCGGCUGAAGGGGGAGAGCUAAGGGAUGCUAAUGCUAACAUUAGCAACAUUUUAAGCCUGGCUGAUGACAAAGUUUGUAAGAGUCCUGGCUGCCGCGUGAAAACGCACAAGGACGAGGCUACCGUCUUAACCUCGGCACUGAAUAACUCAUCCAACCUCAACAGUGCUCGUGACUCGAGACACCUAGCGCCUGAACCGGAUAAAGUGGCGGAAGCGGGGAGCGUGUCAGUUCACAAAGACAAGGACAUGUCGAGUCCCAAGGAGCCCGGUCACAAACGAAGGCACUCCGUUUCUCUUCAUGAGCCACUCAAGCUCAAGCAAAGCACGGAAACUACUCCCUUACUCAACUCGACUUUGCCUUCGUCCAACAGCCAGAACAUCAAAGAAUUAUUCAUAGACAAAGUAUCUGUAGACAAAGAAUCUGUAGAUAAAUUACCGAUAGACAAAUUAUCUUUUGACAAAGUAUCCAUAGACAAACACAAGCCAAUACCGCUGCAGACAGACCCCUUGUAUUUGCCUCAGGUGACGCAACAAGUCCAGGAACAUCAGGAAUGUCAGACUGAGCCUCGCUGUAAGCUCUACAGAGAGGCUUCCACGAUGACCUCCCCUCGACUGCCUUCAACCGCGGGCGAGCGGGGCCGCGACGCUGAGGUCCAGGCGGUAGCCGGCACCAGCUGCAAGGCCGUGUCCACCAGCCCGAGCCUGCUGCCCUUCAGGCCCAAGGCCGCCGCCCUCGAGGAUGCUCAGAGCCUCACCGUCAUCUACCAGGCCGACGGGAGUUUGGGCUUACGCCAGAUUGGGCCGUCAACCGAUAUGCGCUCACCGUCCACCGCAGAGAGGCUCACUGUUGAGGCGGAAAUGUGCCCCGCUGCCGCGGUCGACUCGAAGAUGGGGACCAAACCCAAAGAAAGCGCUUCAACUCUCAGCAGCAUCCAACCGGUGUAUCAGAUCAACAUCGAGCACGGAGAUCGCAAGGAGCCAGAGAACAGAAAUGCAGUGGAUAUACCUGCGACCAAUUUAGAAGAAUCCCAAAACACGGAUGUCCUUGCCAGGCCCAGAUUUGCAGACAAGGCUGUGACAGCCCAGACCAAACCUUCCGUAACCACAAAGACUUCAUCCAAGUCUGAGGAAGCAAAAGUUUCAAAAGACCUAGAAACUGAGGCCGAUCCUGGCAAGCAGCAGACGGAGGUUGUGGAAAGCGAUGACGAGAAGCAGACUCGGAAGAGCGUCCACGACGUGGUCUGGGAUGAGCAGGGCAUGACCUGGGAGGUCUACGGCGCAUCCGUGGACCCCGAGUCUCUGGGCUUCGCCAUCCAGAGUCACCUGCAGUGCAAGAUCAAGGAGCAGGAGAGGAAACUGAUCGCCCAGACCUCCUUCCGCAAGUCCAUCACGGGCGUGGACUCGCCAAGAGCGGGUAAGAAGAGUAAGCGGCGGCAGCACAAUCUGUUUCGUUCCAUGCUACGUAACGUGCGCCGCCCCAACUGCUGCGCGCGCCCACCUCCUUCUGCUGUCCUCGAUUAGCGGUUGAACCAAUGUUAAACUCUCCCAGCCCCCACCGACAGCCCCCCAGAGUUCAAGGUGGUCGCUGUAGUGAUGCCACGUGACGGGACGACUCUUUCCCGUGAGUAUCUCAGAAUGUUGUAGACUAGACUAUUUGUGACGUUUGUGAUCAAAGGAAGUAAAAACGUAUACAAAUGAACAAUACAUUUUGAUAGAAAUGGAUAUUUAAAACAAAAAAAGAGAAUAUGUCUAUAAAAGAGAGAAUAUGUCUAUAAACUAAUCAAAGGCAAUAAUAGAGAAACGCAUGUGUAUUAGUUGCAAUGGCAAGGGUUAUUUGACAAUGAAGAACUUUGCAUUUAAAAAAAAAGGUAGCGGUUACAGGCGGAUAUGAUUUACUGUCAAAGUCCUUGUGCAAUAUACAAUACCAACAUUUCAUCACAGCUGUUUUUAAGGUGUUCCGGGGUCCUGUGUUUUGAAAGUCCCCCACGUCUCACCUUUCAUGAACAUUUAUUUUCUCAUCCUGUUAAAAAAAGACAAAGAGACUGUAUGCAUACAUGUCUGUUUACU